CAGCGUGUAGCCAUGGCUGCAUGGGUGGAGGCGACCACAAGGGAAAUGGGCCAAUCGCUCAUCAACACAGACAAACCUUCAGUUUCAGCCUCUGCCCUCCCUGGAGACACUGGGAAGCCAGCGUUGGGCCCAAAACCCCACCUCAUGCCCAAACCCUUUGCCCUGCAAAGGAAUGCCACCGUCCGCUCAAUCCGGGCCCCAAAAACCAACUUUAGCAGAGAGCUCCAUCGAGCCGCCUCUUCUGAAGCACUUUUGGAUAUCAAAAAAACAGACAAUCCAAAUCCAUCAGAAUCCAUAAAAUCAGGUUCAAACUGCACAGUAAAUGGGUCUAAUCAAAUUGCAGCUCCUAAAACCGUCCCACCCGGCCCAAAACCUGACUUAUCGGCUAAGCCUAAACCAGAACCCACUAAGAGUCCCGGUUCCAAUAACCAAACCAGUCCAAACUCAAAGUCUGCUGUGACCGCUGAAGAUGUGAAGGACGUUCAGCCCAGGAGCAGAGCAAAAUCUUUAGGUGCUCAGGAUCAAAAGAUUUUCAGCCAGAAGGUCCAAGGAGAAGCAGCCAAAGCUGAAGCGGAUGUCAAAGUGUCUUCACGGUGCUGGCCGCCUCGAAAUCGCCUCUCCGUGGAGCUGACCUCCAAAUUCGAGUCGCAGUCUCAACCUGAGAAAGAUGAAAAGAGAGACGCUGAAACCAGUAAGACGGAGAGAGAGUGGCCUCCGCAUUCACCUUCCGAGUCCAAGCCUUCAAAGCUUCCGGUGGAUUCAGGAGAGAACGCAGAAGAGGAUGUCAGCGGAGGCAGCAUUAAGAGACGAAUCAGCCUUCUCUUCGAUCGAUCUACAGCAGCUCAGCGCAGGGACACUUUCAACAAAAGAGACAAUCCAGGUGCUGAAAUAUCUGUUGAUAUUAAACAGAGAAUCCAGAAUCUGAGCUUGGACACACCAAGGACACGCUUGCCAUCUACCGGUGCUCCUAAAAGUCCACCAUCUGAGAAGACAUUAAGCACUCUAGAUGAGACAUCAAAUGAGAGACCAUCAGAAAAACCUGCAACCACAGAGAAGGUGUCUGCUGACAAACCACAAAGUAUGAGAGAAGACAAGAACUCUGCUACUAGUGCAAAGAGUGUAGAAGAAGAAGAAUAUGUCCCUGUUCCUGUUUACCGAAGGGUAGGGAUGAGCCUAGAUGCUGAGACAAAGAGAAGAGAAGAAGAAGAAAAACAGAGAAAAGAUGAGCAGUUAGAGAAAGAAAGACAGCAGUGGGAAAGGGAGAGACUUUUGGAGGAAGAGAGGAAGGCAAGAGAACUAGAGAGACAGAAAGAGGAGGAACAGAAACGUGCUGAGGAAGAGAGAAAAAAAGAAGAGGAAAAGCAAAGACAGACGGAAGAAAGGAGAAAGCAAGAAGAAGAGCAAAAGAGAAGAAUUAACGAAGAAAGAAAAGAGGAGGAGAGGAGGAGACAGGCCGAAAAAGAGAGGGAGAGACAGAUCGAUGAGGAGAAGAGAAGGAUUGAAGAAGAAAAAGAGAGGCUGAGAGAAGAAGAAAGACUAAAGAAAGAGAAAGAAAUGGAAGAAGAGAGGAGAAGAAUUCAGGAGUUGGAGAGACAGAGAGAGAAGGAAAGACUGAGACAAGAACAAGAAAAACAAGAGAGGUUAAAAAAGGAGAGAGAAAUAGAGGAAAGAAAACGAAUGGAGGAAGAAAGACUGAAAGAAGAGGAAAGAUUGAGACAAGAGCGAGAAAGACAAGAGCGGUUAAAGAAAGAGAGAGAAAUGGAGGAAAGAAAACGAAUGGAGGAAGAAAGACUGAAAGAAGAGGAAAGAUUGAGACAGGAACAAGAAAACGAGAGACUAAAGAAAGAAAAAGAGAUGGAAGAAGAGAGGAGAAGAAUUGAGGAAUUAGAGAGACAGAAAGAGAAGGAAAGACUGAGACAAGAACGAGAAAAAGAAGAGAGGUUAAAGAAACAGAGAGAAAUGGAAGAAAGAAAACGAAUAGAGGAAGAGAGAUUGAAAAAAGAGGAACGAUUAAGACAAGAACGAGAAAUGGAGAGAAUACGGAAAGAAAAAGAAAUGGAAGAAGAGAGAAAAAGAAUUCAAGAGAUUGAAAGACAGAAAGAGGAGGAAAGAUUGAGAAAAGAACGAGAAUUAGAAAGAAUACGGAAAGAAAAAGAGAUUGAGGAAGAGCGGAAAAGGAUUCAGGAGAUUGAAAGGCAAAAAGAGGAGGAAAGACUGAGAAAAGAAAGAGAAUUAGAGAAAAUGAGAAAAGAAAAAGAGAUGGAAGAAGAAAGACAAAGAAUUCAGAAAAUGGAAAGACUGAAAGAGGCAGAAAGACUGAGAAAAGAACAAGAAUUAGAGAGAAUGAGAAAAGAAAAAGAGAUGGAAGAAGAAAGACAAAGAAUUCAAAGACAGAAAGAGGAGGAAAGGUUGAGACAAGAACGAGAAAUAGAGAGACUGCGUAAAGAGAGAGAGAUUGAAGAAAGAAAACGAAUGGAAGAAGAGAGAAAGAGAGAAGAAGAAAGACUGGCACAGGAAAGAGAAAGAGAGAGAAUAAAGAAAGAAAAAGAGAUGGAAGAAGAGAGGAAAAGAAUUCAGGAACUGAAGAGACAGAAAGAGGAGGAAAGACAGAGACAAGAACGAGAAAUAGAGAGACUGCGUAAAGAGAGAGAGAUUGAAGAAAGAAAACGAAUGGAAGAAGAGAGAAAGAGAGAAGAAGAAAGACUGGGACAGGAAAGAGAAAGAGAGAGACUGGAAGAAGAGAGGAGGAGAACUCAAAUGAUUGAAAGACUGAAAGAAGAGGAAAAACGGAGACAAGAACGAGAACAUGACACGGAGAUGGAAACGAGUGAAACAGCGGAGGGA